GCGAGGGAGCUGCGGAGGCCCCGGGAGCAUGCGAGCGCUGGUCACUAUGAUUGCGACACCACUGAAAAACCCAGGGGUCUCAGACUGCCUCCGCUCUUCUCCCAGAAGAGAACCUGCGCGCUUAAAGUCUGUUUGCCUCGACAGCAUUCCCAGGGGCACGCCUCUCAAACAUCUUGCAAAAUUUCAGGCGGUUUCAGUUUCCGCAGUCAGAGAAGCUGCUCUUUCUUGCCCAAUGGGCUUGGGAGAAGAUAGACAAAAAAGAGAUGUUUUCCAGUCUACUGUGCUGUCUACUGCCACUUGUGCUAAAGGCUUCCCUGACAUCAGUGAAAUAAAGCCAGUUUUUGGAGACGAACUGGGGCAGCUUGCCUUCCGUCCGAAAGAGGGAGCCAUGCUAAAGAAGGCGCUGCUGAAGCGCAAGGCGUGCGAACCGCUGCCCCUCGGAUCGCCAGCAAAAUCCUCCCCUCGAACGGAGCCCAGGAUGGUGCUUGCCAACCGACAGAACCAGCUGCCGGGGAGGGAACUGGGAGACACCCAGAGCACCACGGAUUUCAUUCUUACUCCUGAUCGGCAUCUGAACCUUUUGGAAAGGCGGGAUAAAAAAAACGGAGCUGGAAGCAUGCAGGAGGAAGGGCCGUUCAAGAAGCCUCUUGGAGUGGCCAGAGUUUCACAGCCUGUUGGUUUGGCAAGGAACAGGACGUGGAGUCUGGCAGCCGUGGACCCGCUGGUCUUGGAAUCCCCUCACAAGUUCUUCUCGCGCAUGAAACAGAUGGCGGCACCCAGACCACAGCAACAAGGUUCUUCUGGCCAAGCCUAUUCUUCACCUCACCAAACCAAGCAAAACGGUCCCAAUUCGGCUGCAGUGAAGCCGCCUGUCACUGUCGAACAGCUGAACAACCACCAUGAAGAGGAUCCAGAAGCCACCUGCAGCCAGGACGAUGCUUUUCUCUUGGAAGCCGCGGAACUGGAAGAUGAUACUUUCAAUGUUGAUGCCACAGACGUGACCUACGGUCCAGAUACGCAUUCGCCACUUGCUGGGCGUCCCCAAGAGGAAAGGGCUUUGCAGGAAGGCAGCCAGGAACCAGGCCAGAAUGGGGGGCAGGAGUCGAUGGCUGAACCUCAGAGUCCUUCACAAGACUUUUAUGAUAUACUCGCUACUCCAAAAAUCCACAUUCCAAGGAAGCGAAAACCAGCCGGGGCAGAUUCCAAGGCGCCCUUGGGGGUCCCUCGCGUGGAUACAACGUACAACCAUACACCUGAGGAGGUGCAGCAGCGAAUCCUUCUCAGCGAGUGGAGGAUCAGGGUGCUGAACGAUACUGCUGUGUUCCUGGAAGGAAAGCGAAGAGAGAUGAACAACAUUUACUGGCACAGCAAUGCAAUUGUGGAACGAGUUGCACGGAGCCAAGUUAAAACCUCGUCUGGGAACAUCUACGUCUUAGAAGGCCGGAUAGACGCAGCUACCAUGAAGAAAGAGGGAAUGCCAGCAAAAUUCAUAACGAAGUUUGCGCGUGGAAUUCCAAAGAACUGGAAAGCAUACGUUCAUGACCUGCUCCGCUCCUUGAAGAGGAAGGGACAGAGUUCUAAGAGAGCAAAAAGAACGAGCGAUUCCUAUGAAGAUAACCAUGGAACAGAAGAUUCAGUGCAGACGGCAGGAGCGGUUGAAGAAGCUCCACCUCCAGAUAUUAGGACAAAACGAGGAACAAAAACCAGCACUUACGAAGUACUGAGGCUCAGUAGCAGGAGUUCAAGUGAGCGGCGGCAGGUGCCCCCCUCGCAGCCUGACCCCAACGCCAGUUUCACCCGUAGCGGCCGGCAGGUGAAGCCCCUCCUGCAGUACUGGUGCGGCGAAAGGAUCGUCGUCGACCAGGAGCUGAAUGUGACGGUCACCCGAGGGGGGCACCAACUACUUGACUCCACCAAACUGUCCCUGCCUCCCAGAGACCAGUUGUCAUUCCUGGAGAUGUGUCCACCACCUGCAAAUCAACACCUCAGCCACGUGGACCCCGUGGGCCUGCUUGUGUGCUUGGGCUUAAAGAUAGUGAACAGUGCGAGACCUCAGCGCAAGAAAAAUUCCUGCUCCCCUGAGAAUGGCGAGGUCAGCGCGAACGCUGCUGAAGAGACGCCCCUAUGCCAUCAGACGAAAGGAGGAGCCAGUAAAAGAUCCACGAGGAGCCCCCAAAAAGUAGCGGGGCCUGGAAGCAAGAAAAAGCCGCUUCAUUUUGUCUCGGAUUCUGACGAAAACGAGGAGCUUUCCCCGGAAGACCUCUGCAGGAGAAAGGCCGUGGUUCCCUUGACCCCACUGAAUUUUAAGAAUCUGUCUGAAAAGGGCAUCUGGCCCCAGAGGAAGCCCGCUGAGCAACAGGUGGUCAAGGAAGGAAGGGAAAUGAGCGCGUGCAGAAAAAAGCAGGAGCUUUCCCUGGAAGACCUCUGCAGAACGAAGACCGUGGUUCCCUUGACCCCGCUGAACUUUAAGCAGCUGCCUGAAAAGGGCGUCUGGCCCCAGAGGAAGCCUGCUGAGCAACAGGUGGUCAAGGAAGGAAGGGAAAUGAGCGCGUGCAGAAAAAAACAGGAGAUUUCCCCGGAAGACCUCUGCAGAACGAAGACCGUGGUUCCCUUGACCCCGCUGAACUUUAAGCAGCUGCCUGAAAAGGGCGGCUGGCCCCAGAGGAAGCCCGCUGAGCAACAAGUGCCCAAGGAGGGAAGGGAAACGGACGACUGCAGAAUGAGUCCGGACAGGGAGCUCACCCCUGCCCGGCACGCGCAAAGGUUGCAGAAGCAGCCUCGUCAACAUGAGUGUGGAGCAAGAAGCUCCUCCGCAGAGGACGACGAAUCGAGCGACGAUUCUCCGCGGAUCCGGAGGAAAGCCCAGCCGUCUUUCAGGAGACGGACACCCCAAUUAACGUCCGUGUCUGACCCAAAGCAGCAAAGCGCUGUGAAGAAGGCACCUUCUGUGCCGGAGAGAACCAAAGGACCUCCUGGCUCUUGCGCACAAAGCAGGGCCGCGAGGGCCGUGCCGUCUCCUCCGAAUGAGCAGCCGGAGAGCCCGUCUCCCCCCAGCCUGGCUAACGGUUCUCCUGGAGCCCAAAGGUGGAGUCGAGGAAGCCGGAAGUGCCGGAAAUACGUCUUUGAAUCUGAGUCGGAAAGUGAACCCAGCCCGGGAGAUUCUGAAGGGAGCAAGGGAAAGGCAAAGGCUGCUGCUGCCAGGAGGGGGGGCGGAGCAGGUCCCAGCAGGGCCAAAGGCACGGCUCCGGCAGGGAGAAGGCCUAAGGAGACACCGCACCAGGAUGCGGAUGGCAGCGAAGUCUGGCUGGAGGAGGAGCUGCAGGACCUGCACAGGCAAGGAGGGGCACCCCAGGGGGGGCAUUACUACGGCUCCUCCACAGCAAGAGCCAGUUUGGGGUAG